AGACACCUUGGAUGUGCCUCCCUGCAGUCUUGGCUGGGUUUCAGGCUCCAAGCGUGACUUUGUCUAUUUCUGCUCUGCUCUGAGGUGAUAAUGGGCUGUCAGCACUCCAGUCACCCUGCUCCCUCCUCCCUGGUGAGUGAUGAAGGGACAGAAGUGGAAAGGGGAGGGGAUGAGAAGAAUCCUGGAAGAUUUGAAACUGGAGUGUGAGAAACUGGCCACAGAGAAGACUGAGAUCCAAAGACACUAUGUUAUGUAUUAUGAAAUGUCCUACGGCCUUAACAUUGAAAUGCACAAACAGACGGAGAUUGCCAAGCGGCUGAAUGUGAUCUGUGCCCAGCUCAUCCCCUACCUGUCGCAGGAGCACCAGCAGCAGGUGGUCCAGGCCAUGGAGCGCGCCAAACAGGUGACCAUGGGGGAGCUAAAUGCUUCCAUAGGGGUACGUGGGCUCCCCCCUCUGCCUCAGAGCCAGCAGCUCCAGGCUCAGCACAUCUCCCAGCAUGCCCAAGGGUUGCCAGUGGGACCACACCCAUCAGGACUGCCCCACCCCAGCCUGGCACUCGGCGGAGGGUCUGGCCUGCUUGCCCUGUCCGGUGCUUUAGGGGCCCAGCUUGCAGCCAAAGAUGAGAGGGCGCACCUUGAGGCGGCGGCAGCCUCUGCCGCUGCAGCAGAACACCACAGAGAGCGGGAAGCCGGACCAAGUUCCUUGUCCAACGGAGAUAAGGGUCGCCCAACAGACUACCUCAGCAACGGCAAGAAGAGGAAAGCUGAAGAGAAGGAGUUCAUGACAGACUAUGGCAGCGAUGCAGAUAAGAGCGACGAUAAUUUGGUAGUGGAUGAGGACCCAUCAUCCCCUCGCAGUGUGCAGUCCUACUCUUCCAGGGAGAAUGGUUUAGACAAGAUUCCCCCAUCCCGCAAGGAAGGGCCCCCACAGGCGAGCCCCACCUCCCUGGCCUCAUCUAGCAGUGCUACCUCCCCAUCUCGGGGCAAAGAGCCCCCACAGAGGGAGAAGUCUAGUACUCCCGGUAUGAAACCAGGUACUCCCAUGUCUCAAGAAUCCAACACCCCAGGACCAAGUGGACCACCACAGUUCAGACCUGUUCCAGGAAAACCUGGUGUUGACCCUCUAGCUCUGGGUCUGAGGAAUCCCCUGGCAGUGCAGGGGGCCUACCCUCCUGGGGCUUUUGGCCUGCCUCCUCCAGGAGUGAACGGAGACCUGCCCGGGGCGGCGGGCUACGGCGCUGGCCUCCACUUGGUCUCACCUCAGAUGAAUGGAGCUGCAGCCGCAGCAGCCGCAGCAGCUGCUGCAGGCUAUGGAAGGUCCCCUGUGGUGGGUUAUGAGUCUCCACAUCCACACAUGAGGGUCCCUGGGCUUCCUGCCAGCCUGCAGUCGGCCUCAGGAAAACCCGCUUACUCGUUCCACGUGAGCGCAGACGGCCAGAUGCAGCCGGUGCCGUUCCCCCCUGACGCCCUGCUGGGCCCGGGGAUCCCACGUCAUGCCCGUCAGAUCCACACACUGAGCCACGGAGAGGUAGUGUGCGCCGUCACAAUCAGCACCUCCACUCGUCACGUCUACACAGGAGGAAAGGGCUGCGUCAAGGUGUGGGACAUCAGCCAGCAGGGAAGCAAGAGCCCCAUGGCCCAGCUGGACUGUUUGAACAGGGAUAACUACAUUCGCUCCUGCAAGCUGCUCUCAGACGGUCGAACCCUGAUCGUUGGAGGCGAGGCCAGCACUCUGUCCAUCUGGGAUUUGGCCACACCCACUCCACGCAUCAAGGCGGAGCUGACGUCGUCUGCUCCAGCCUGCUACGCCCUGGCCAUUUCACCGGACAAUAAGGUCUGCUUCUCCUGCUGCAGCGACGGCAACAUUGUCGUCUGGGACCUGCACAACCAGACCCUGGUCAGGCAGUUCCAGGGCCACACAGACGGAGCAAGCUGCAUCGACAUCUCCAAUGAUGGCACCAAGCUCUGGACGGGAGGGCUGGACAACACGGUCCGCUGCUGGGACCUCAGAGAGGGCCGGCAGCUGCAGCAGCAUGACUUCACCUCACAGAUUUUCUCCCUGGGCUACUGUCCGACAGGCGAGUGGCUGGCAGUAGGAAUGGAGAGCAGCAAUGUUGAAGUCUUGCAUGUCUCCAAACCCGACAAGUAUCAGCUGCACCUCCACGAAAGCUGCGUCCUUUCCCUCAAAUUCGCCUACUGCGGUAAAUGGUUUGUGAGCACAGGGAAAGAUAAUCUCCUGAAUGCAUGGCGGACGCCCUACGGAUCCAGCAUAUUCCAGUCUAAGGAGUCUUCAUCAGUUCUCAGCUGUGACAUCUCACCCGAUGACCAGUUCAUUGUAACUGGCUCAGGGGACAAGAAGGCCACGGUCUACGAAGUCAUCUACUGAUCCGAUUGGCUCCUCACAGAAAACUCGUAAUCCCAGGGGCCAAGCCAAGGCUCCUUCCUGCACCAGUGGCUGUACAGCGUGUCGGCGGCGGGUGGAAGCAAGAGAUACUCAACUUGUACUUCGUCGUUUUGUUCGCGUUUGUGAGAAAUGAGCGAGAGGAGAAACAAGGAGACGCAAAGUCACAUCUCUGGAAAAUAAACUUUGGUUUUAAAUGCUCUGAGAAAGCUGGUUAGUCUAUAGCUGUGCUAAUGUGGGAUUCCUCCAAAGAACUUUUCUGUUUUGUUCCAUUUUUUUAAGACAAAAUAAAACCUCUGUAGUACAAAAUAAAUUAGAAUAAAACUUUUCUUUUUUUUUUUCUUUUUUUUUACCUUUUGGAUUAAAUGCAAGCAUUUGAAAUGUUUGAAAUCAAGCUGGUUUAACUAGAGCUGUCCUCACGUGGGACUGUGCGAGUCCAAGCCUGAGUCAUGCUGGACCCAUUCGGCCUGCUGAGGGUUCUACUCAGCACAGGCAAGUAUUCCUGCCUGACAGAUGUGGGGGUGGUCUACCGACUUUCCAGAUAAUCCCGUUUUCUUUUUAAUUACAGCAUCAUGAUUGUAAUGACUUUUGUGCAUAUGUGACAGAACAGGGCUUAAUUGGUUUCUAAUGAAAUGUCUGGAGAAUCUUAGUAUUUUUUUUUUUAAGUUCCUUAAAAAGUGGGGAAAACAACUUUAAGACAAAACAAAAACUCCGAAGUCAGUUUAAACAAAACAGUUUCUUCUAAUUCAGGACAAACAUUCUUCACUAACUCAGUAUUUCAUGUUCUUCUGUACAUGUUGGGACACAUACAGACGGGCUGACUGGUAUUUUCAUAACUACCCCCUGAUCCCUGAACCUUGCUAUAUAUGAACAUGUAAAUAAAGGUCUCUAAAGACAAAUUAGAUUGUCCUCUAUGGCUUCAUGUUU